AAGGUGGCCAUUGCCGUGUGCGGGGGCUUUAAACUAGUGUUGACCCGCUCGGAUCCUCACGAGGAUGCCGCCGUGGGAGCAGGCAGAGGGCGCGCGGGGGCGAAAUCUAACGAGGAAACGCGGCAGGGGAAUUAAAGAAAACUUGCACGAGGGCGAUCCGAUUUCCCAGCCUUAAAACUGGGGUUCAACCCCCAUUCGUGCGCCCUCAGCCAUUGUACCCUUUUGCACGCCUCCCUAUGUUACUUCCCUCCGCACUCCACAUGCGCACGCUGUACUGCUUAUAUGUGCCGUCGCUGCUCCUAGCCUAGCGCCUAAUUAGACCCGUAGGUGCUGCGAGAGCUGAUAAGCUGAUGGAAAAGAUUAUGGGGAUGGAGACGACGGAGACGGAAGUGGAGAUGUCACCGGCGGCGGGCAUGUUUAGCCCUUACUCGAGCCCGAGCACGGCUUUCCUGCUGCAGAGGAGGGUUCUUGCUUGGGCGAAAGAGACCGGGUCACCGGCAACGGUGAGCGUCCGUGUCGCCGGCAAGAGCUUCAAUCUGCACAGGGAUCCUCUGGCAUCCAGAUGCCGGUACUUCAGCGAGGCGACGACGCAGCAGGAGGAAAACAACUCUGGCGACGCCAUCGAGCUGCCGGCCAGCUUCCCCGGCGGCUCCGAGGCCCUGGAGGUGAUCGCGCUCUUCUGCUACGGCGACGACGCCGCCGUGGCGCUGCUGGACCCGUUCAACGUGGCGUCCGUGCGUUGCGCGGUGGAGUUCCUGGGCGCGCGCGGCCUCGGCGCGCGCUGCGACCUGUACAUCAACCAGGUGGUGCUGCAGAGCUGGGACGACGCCCUCAUCGUCCUCCAGCGCUGCCGCCCGCUGCUCCCCAUGGCCGAGGAGCUCCUCGUCGUCAGCCGCUGCGUGGAGUCGCUGGCGUUUAUGGCGUGCAUGGAGAUCCUCGAUCCGGACUCGGAGCAGCAGCGCCGCGGCGAGGAUCCCGGCGGCAUCGUGGACGCCGAUGCCGCGCGUGGCCUGCUGGUGGGCCGGCGCUGGGACGCCGAGCUCGUCAAGGAGCUCGCGGCGCGGGACCUGUGGAUCAAGGACCUGGUGGCGCUGCCCUUGGAGUUCUUCCGGCGGAUCGUGCAGGCGCUGCGGCGGCAGGGCAUGAAGGAGAAGUACGUGAGCCCCGUGGUGCUCUUCUACGCCAACAAGUGGGUGCUCUCCAAGAAGACCCACAAGUUCUGGGCGUGCAGCGGCGCCGAAGACGACGAGGCCGGUGCCGGCCGCGGCGAGAGCGACGCCAACAGGAGGGCCGCGGAGAUCCUGCAGGGCGUGGUCGAGCUGCUCCCGGUCCCGGCGGAGGCGGCCAUCCUCCCCGCGGCGUUCUACUUCGCGCUGCUCUCGCGGUCGCUGUCGCUCGAGCUGAAGGAGGCGAGCCGCGCGAGGCUGCGAGACCUGGUCGCUUCUCACCUGCGAUUCGCCUGCGUUGACGACCUGCCCCUGCCGGAGCAAGAAGAUGCCGACCGGUCCGUCGCGGAUAGCCCGGAGGUGAUGGAAAUGGAGAGCAUCGUGUCGAACCAUGUCGCCAUGUUGCAGAGACAAGGCGCCGAGGCCGUCGCGGAGCUGUGGGAUCGGUACCUCGUGCAAGUUGUCGCGUGUGAUCCCAAGCUCCGGCUGGAGAGGCUCGAAGAACUGAUCGGCGUCGUUCCGGCCGCCGACCGGAAGACCCACGAUCAUCUCUACGAAGCAAUCAACACAUACUUAACGGAUCAUCCGGGUUUGUGUGGGGAGGAGAAGGCGGCGCUGUGCGGGCACCUGGAGUGCCGGAAGCUGUCGCACGAGGCGUGCAUCCAGGCGGUGCAGAACGAGCGGAUGCCGCUCCGGUUCGUGGUGCAGGCGCUGUUCGUGCAGCAGCUGCACACGCAGCGGGCCUUCGCCGACCGCUCCUCGGACUCGUUCCGCUGCAUGUACGCGUCCGGGGAGCUGCUGAUCCCGGGCGCCGGCGGGUACACGCCGAGCCCCGGGUGCGGCCCCGUCCCCACCAGCCAGCCUCUCAGCGCCACCAGCGCCUACACCCACACGGACGCCGACGCCGCGAAGCUCCGCGCCCGCGGCGGCGACGACGACGCGUCGGACUACGAGACGGCCAGCUUCAGGAUCCAGGCGCUGGAGCAGGAGAUCGUCUCGCUGAAGCGGACGCUGCAGCGGCACAACACCGUGAAAGGAGGAGGCGGAGGAUCCGUUCGCAAGGACGGCAAAGAGGCGAGCUUCAGGGCGGACGCGGCGGCGGGCAGGCGGCGAGGCGCCGUGUCCGGGAGCUGCAUCGGCUCCAUGCGCUGGGGCUCGCAGCGGCGGUGCGCCAGCAGGAUCCUGCGAGUCUUUACGAGGCUGGCCGUGUUCGGGCGGAGCAGCAGGUCCAGAGGGAAGCAGAGCAAGUGCUGAAGCUAGUGCAGGGCAGCUCGGUCGAUUGCUUGCCGCAGUCAGGACUCGGGACAGUGAAAAUUUUGAACAUCCUUUACAUGUGGGGAUGGAAAUUGCAGAUGCCACGGUGAACCUGGUAAAAAAAAAGUGGAUUCUGCAUUGUGUACAUAUUGCUGGCGAUGUUGAAAAGUUGGAGUAGUUACUUUCAGGUGGUCAUUCAGUGGAGAGAGCGGAGGGUGUAGGUAGUUUGUUUGGUUAGCAACUCCUAAUAUCUGCAUAGUUUAUCCGUACUUUUGUUAGGUUUGGUUUACUGUUGAUGUGCUAUGCUAUGUUCAGUCUUGGAGGUGAUGACGAAAAAGUUGGUGAAAGUUUAAAUUGCCAAUUUAGAAAAAACAAAAGACUGUGAAAACUUAAGACCC